CCCUGUACACCGCCGCCAUCACCACAACCAGUCGUCUGCAGUCUCUCACAGUGACUGAGUGAGAUGUUACGAACUUCUGUGGCCAUCAGGGCGGCCCUACCUCGGCUGACGUCCAAAAAUGUGGUCAAGAAGACUACCCAGCGUGGCUUGUCCACCGCCAUGGGCACCACAACCAGGAAAAUUAGAAGCAUGAAUGUCCUGGGAGGUCACACUGCAGGCACAAAAAAACCAAUGGCAGUAGUUUCACCCAUCCUCCGUGGCUAUGCAUCAAACAAUGAUCUUCCUUCCCACAUCAAGGUCAACCUCCCGGCACUCUCCCCAACUAUGGAGAUGGGAACCAUCAUCUCCUGGGAGAAGAAAGAAGGAGAUGUGCUCAACGAAGGAGACUUACUGGCAGAGAUUGAAACUGACAAGGCAACUAUGGGGAUGGAGACACCGGAGGAGGGCUACUUGGCCAAGAUUGUGGUUCCAGCAGGAGAGAAGGACAUCCCCCUAGGAAAGCUUUUGUGCAUUAUUGUGAGUGAUGAGAAGGAUGUUGCUGCUUUCAAGGAUUACCAACCUACAGAAGAGGCUGCACCUGCCACAGUCCCUGCUGCUGCACCACCACCACCACCACCUCCCCCUGCUCCUGCCCCUGCUGCACCUGCUCCACCCAUACCAACUCCAUUCCCUGCCCCAGCUGCUGCAGCCCCCACAGCUGCUCCUGGUAGCUUUGUCUUUGCCUCACCCUAUGCCAAGAAAUUAUCCAACGAACAAAACAUUGAUCUCUCGGCAAUAGCUCAAGUUUCCGGCAUUGGCCACAGUCCUGGUGAUUGGCUCAGGGGCUCCGAUGUUGAAAAAUUUGCUUCACAGGCUGCUGCUGCACCUCAGGUUGCUGCAGCUGGUCCUACACCCAUACCUGGAGCCAUGUACUCAGACAUGCCAAUCUCCAACAUUCGAAAUGUUAUAGCAAAGAGACUCUGCUUGUCUAAACAGAGUAUCCCUCACUACUACCUUAGUAUAGACGUGUGCAUGGAUGAGGUGUCACAGCUACGACAAGAGUUCAAUAAACUACUUGAGAAGGAGGGCAUCAAAAUCUCCUUCAACGACUUCAUUAUUAAAGCUUCCGCCCUGGCUUGCAAGAAGGUGCCUGAGGCGAAUUCUUCAUGGUUGGACACUGUAAUCAGGCACUACAAUAAUGUUGAUGUGAGCGUAGCGGUGAGCACAGACCGAGGCCUCAUCACGCCCAUAGUAUUUAAGGCAGAGCAGAAAGGCCUUGCCACCAUAGCCACAGAUGUCAAGGCUCUAGCAGGAAAAGCCAGGGAAGGAAAGCUUCAGCCACAUGAGUUCCAGGGUGGCACAUUCUCAGUCUCAAAUUUGGGUAUGUUUGGUGUAAAAAACUUCAGUGCAAUCAUAAAUCCUCCUCAAUCGUGUAUUCUGGCUGUUGGGGGCACUGAGAAGAGGCUCAUUGUUGAUGAAGAGUCAGAACAAGGAUUCCGUGCUGCCCAGAUGAUGUCUGUCACAUUAAGUUGUGACCACCGCACAGUUGAUGGUGCAGUCGGUGCUCAGUGGCUAGCAUCAUUCAAAAAAUACCUGGAGAAACCAUCUACCAUGUUAUUGUAGAAUGUUAAAUAUCUGAAGGGGAUAGACUAGUAUUUAUAUUUAUAAAUCUCAGUAAGAAAUACUGAACAGUAGUCAUAUAUGUUGUACAUAGAUAUAUGUGGCAAGAUUUUUAUAUAUUUCCUGCAGUAGAACCAGUAGGAUGCAGUUUGAAACCUCAUUACAUACAUUCACACUGACAUUUUACCAAAAUGUGUAUAAUUUAGGGGGUUUUGUUGCGUGGUAAAUUAAAAAAAAAAUAAUCAUUAUCUGUACCAGGUAGAUUGUAAACAUACUGAAAAUUUAUUGUAAAUAUAUUUGUUGAUUCCUGGAUAUGUACUCAAAAUAGUUAACAUAUUAUUGUAGACCCUACUCUUUUUUUUGGGGUAAGGUGUCAAUAUUUUGUGAAAAUAAAAGGAAACAUAAAAUGUUAUGGUACUUCUAUUUUUCCCAUUAUCCACUCAUAUGAUGUGAGCAUUGUUGGAUCUAUUCAGAUUUAUAUGUGUAACUUAUAUCUUAGAAAUGAACUUAUAAAAAAAACCAUCAGAAAGUCCCACAGGUAUAGUACAGUCGUACAGUAGUCAUAUGUAGCCAUUAAGUGUUUUGUUAAAAUUACAAGAAACUCUUCAUGUGCAGUGAACUUGCUGAAACAGAUGUAUAUAGAAGCAAUUUGCCAUAAAUUUUUAAUUAAAGUUGUAUGAUGGUAUUAACUAACAAACUAAGCACUGUACAUCAUACUGUAUAGUUUAUAGGCAAAGUGUGUCUAGAGACUAGCAGUUGUACAACUUAGUGUGAGAGUUAAUAUUGAUUACAGGGUAUUCACAUAGAGUUCUCGCAUGUUGUUUCAUCUCUGUCACUGUGUGGCCAAUUUGUAUCAUUAACAUAUUAUUUCUUCAGUCAUUUUACAAUUCUCAAGGACUUGCCUACCUACCUGUAUUGAAUAUUUAAGUGAAAGUACUUGGCAAAGUAAGGUAAUGUUGAAUGAACCACUUGAAGCACAGUACUGUAUAUGAAAUAGAGGUUUUUAAAAUUUACAUAACUAGAUCUAAAUCUAUCUUGCCAUGUUCCUAUUGUUUGUUGGGGAGUUGGUUUCAUUUACACUCAGUGUGAGUAUCUGUGGCUUGGAUGCUGUGCUUGACAUAAUUAUUGGUAAUACAUUUAUCUCGGUGGAUAAUAGAACAUUGCAGACUGAAACUUUCUGCAGAAUAAUGAGGCUUUAUUUAUUGCUUUCAUCAAACUGAAAACAAAAGUUAAGUAAUUCUUUUAUUAACAAAUAAUAGCUUGUUCUUUCUUGGUGAUGAAAUACAGGGCUCAGAAUUUCAAAGGUACCAAAAUAUAAUAAUUUUCUUUUCUGAACUAAGGGUACAAGGCAGUACUAGAUAUGUUAUAGUCUUGAGGGAAUUUCAGUGCCAUUGAUAUGAAUUCUCUCUCAUAAUCAGGGAAUGAUCAGUUUGCUUCUCUUUAAAAAUCCAGACCCAGUAUAUCUAUUCUAUGUGGCCUCACUCCUAUUUGAUAAAUUCUCUUUUUCUGUAGAAUAAUGUGUCUAGUCUAGCUUCAGCUGUUGGAAACAUCAGGGAGUCUGGAAAGAAAAAUGUAAAAUAUUGUAUAUUAUGAUGUUUAUUGCACACAAAUAAAAUUUUGUGUCACA